AUGCCAGUGACCCCUCCAUCUGAGCUGGAGAUUCACUAUGUUGGUAGUGAUGAAGAAGAUGAUCAAGAAAGUUUGGAAGGUUGGUAUAUAAGAAGGAUUUGUGUGUACUGCAUCAAUGUGUCACAUGCAGAAGGUUCUGAAGAGCAUGCGGAGAGCUCCAGAGGACACUAUGUCAUAGGGGAAGACGAUUCUGAUGAAGAAGUUCAGGAUUGGAAGAGUGACCCUCUUUAUGAGUGGUAUGUCAAGAUGGAUCAAGAAGAUGAGCUCAUGUCAGUUAGGGUGGUACAAGCGUUGGACGCAAGGCUGCACUCUGUCAUCCUUGAUUCAGGUGCAGAUGUCAGUCUUCUGCCACAGGGUUUGGCAGAAUGUGGCUAUGAAGUCAAACCACCAAGAACCCUCCGCAUUCAUGAUGCGCAAGGUGGGACCAUGCGUGUCCAAGGUAUGCGACGAGCCCAGCUUUACUUCGCAGAUAGUGGUUGUGUGAUUGAAGAGGAUUUCAUUCUUUCAGAUUCCUCUCACGUUCUAUUGUCACUAGGGAGAUUGAUGAGAAAUGGCUGGAAGUUUCAGUCACAAGGAACCUGGGGUUCCUGGGAGCCCAGUGGGGGCAAUAACAACAAUGGAAAGGCAGGGGGCCUGAUAUCGCCAGAUGGUAAGGCAGUGAUUCCGGUGGAGUUUCACAAAAACAGCUUGAUGGUGACUGCGGAAGUGAGAAGCAUUCAGAAAGUAAGAGAGGUUAUGGUUAAAUUGCUCUUCAGCUGGGAGAGGUUGAUAAAGAACCAAUGGAAUUUUCUGGAGAAUGGCACACCGGUUCUUGUGUGCCAAAGCACAGAGUUCCAGGACCUACCAACUAAAGAAUGGAAGUACAGAACUACCAUUGCCCACAUGGGGGGUAGUGAUUGGGAAGUGAUAGAAGCGUCAGAGAAGGUUAGUGAUGAGUUCAAGAUGACGGGUCUCCUAUUCGCCACGACAAUGAUCACCUUUGCACAUCGGAAGGUUGAGAGCUUGGAUCAAUGUUUGUGUGAAGAACUCAAAGGGGAAGCUGAAGUCAAGCCAAGUGAAGAUGAAGAAAUGGAGGAGGAAAUACAAAAUGAAGAAGAGCUACUCGAGCCAUUCAGAGAAGCAGAACCAAAUGUUCCAAGAAAAUUGGACAUUCAAGUUCCAAAAGGAAUAGUGAGAUCAGAAGGAGUAGCAGGAGGUCAUUCCAACAUGGAAUAUGAAGCAGGCAUGACUCUCACAGUGGAUGGAGAGACCAUCUCAGAGCAAAGCACAAUAUACAAGCUCAGAGAAGUUUGUGUGAAGCUAGGACUUAGUCCUAGUGGAGGAAAGAAGAAGCUAUUUCUGAAGAUCUUUCAUUUUAUGAAGGACAGCAAGGAAGAUGAGGUGACAGAGAUAGCAGAAAGAUUGGCAAAGCCAAAGCGUGGUGUAAAGGUAAGGCCAGGAUGUGAAGAACCAAUCAAGGAGGAGAUUGAAGAACACAUGGCCACACAUUUGCCAAUGAAGCCAUGGUGUGAAUUUUGUUUGGCGGCUAAGUCAAAACAAGACCAUGCGCCAACCCAUGGAGAUGUGAAGUAUGAGGAUCCUGGUGAGCCUUGCGUUCAAAUGGACUACAUGUUCGUGGGCCAACCAUGUGCAACCUUAGUGAUCCUGGAUUCCUGGACAAGGUAUGCCCAAGCAUUGCCAUUGCAAGGCAAGACAGUGAGCAAGAAGCUGGCAGAAGCAGUUGUCAAGUUUAGUUUGCACUUGAACUAUGUGCAGGAGAAUGUCCAUUUUGCUAUGGACGUGGAACCGGCUACUAAGGCACUCCUUGACAUGGUUGUGGCAAUCCGGCGCAAGAUGGGCUACAAGGCCACAGUGCGUGAAGGCAAACCAUACCAUAAAGGCAGGACAGCACGUGUGGAAAGGCGCAUCCAGAAUUUGAGAAGACAAUGCCUAACUUUGGUUGAGAUGGUGGAGAGCAAGAUUGAAGAAAGAAUUCCAGAGGACCACGUGCUUAGAGCAUGGGCCAUUCAUCAUGCAUCAUGGUUGUACAACAGGUAUCGCCUGCGUGGAGAGACCCAAAGUACGGCCCAUCAGCUUGCAUUUGGCAGGCCUUACACGGGCAGAAUCCUCCCAUUUGGGGAGUAUGUGUUUGGGCUGAUGCGUCCAGACGGAGUCAAGAACAGAAGUCUGUGGACAGGUGGAACUUGGGUUGGCAAGGAUGUCAAAGACAUGGAAAUCAUUGCCACUAAGGAAGCAGUGUUCACCUCUAGGUCAGUGCGAAGAACGCAACCGGCAUGGAGGAAAGAUGAAGUGCUAGCGCUUACAGGUUCACCCUGGAGCAGUAAAGGACCAAAGGUCAAGGCGGGGCAUUUGGCACCGCUUCCAAGGAUUAGGGAAGAACCUCCUCAGGUGGAAAAUGGAAACCAACAAGAUGAGCUGCAAGAUGAGGCAGCAACAGACCCUGACAGCUCAAAGCAUGACACGCUUAGUGACCUGUUGAUGGAUGCCAGCAGCACACGCAGUUCAUCCAAAGAACCUUCAGCGCCUUCAGAAAGGAAGGAAGCAAGUAAGAGGGAUCAAGAAGGAGAUGUUGAGGAUAGACCUGCAAAAGAGAGUAAGAUGGAUGCAGAUGCACCCAUAGAAGAGCCAGUGAGAAAAGCGAUCAGGUCAGACUCCGGAAGUGGACCACCAUCACCGAGUGCAAGUUUGUUUCCGCCUAAGUUUGCAGGAAAGGUGUCGCAAGAGGAUCAGGAUUAUCAAGAUGAUGAUGAAGGUUAUCAUGAGGAUGAACUCUGGGAGGACCCAAUUCUCAAGGAAGAGGAUUGGAUGGAAGAAGAAGACGAAGAUAUAGGAGAUGAGGAAGAUAUGCCUCCAAAAGUUUCAGAGGAAGAGCUAGAGGAAAGAGACCAAGUUGCAGCCAAGGAUGAGCUAAGCAAGUUGAGAAGUAUGCAAGUUGUAAAGGAAGUGAGAAAGCAGGAAUGUGACCAGUCAGGAAAGUUCCUGACAUUGACAACCGUGUUUGAUUGGAGAAAAAGAGACAGCGAAUGGAAGAGAAGAUGCAGGAUUGUCUGCCGGGAGUUCAGAGCAGGAGCUGCAAGCAAUGAGGAAACCUUCAGUCCGACCACAGGGCAUGCAGCAGUUAGGAUGGUGAUCGCGCUGCAUCUGAUCUUUGGAUGGGAGCUCACCAGCCUAGACAUCAAGGAUGCAUUCCUCCAGGUGAGCCAGAAGGUACUCAUGUACGCUGAGAUCUCACCUUGGAUCAAGAGGUCAAAGAGCAGCAGCAGAACAAUGGUUUUCGCACCUGGUGCAAUCCUUGAAAGGUUGGGAUUUGAAGCCUUCAAAGGCAUUCCCUCGGUGCUCAGGCACAAAGUGAGACCAGUUGCGGUUUCAGUUCAUGUGGAUGAUGAGCUGAUAGCAGGAAGGAAAGGACAGUCAAAGUGGCUAGUCAGCGAGCUCAAGAAGGUUUUCAAGUUAACAAUUGAGGGACCAUUUCCUAGCGAGCGAGGGUCAAGAGAACAGCUACACUACCUCAAGCGGACCUACGAAUUUGUAGAUGAAGGAAUUUUGGUCUCAGUGUCGAAGAAGCACUAUGAGAAGCUGAGAAGCCUCUACGACCUGGGGAACAGAAAAGAGAAGAUGACCCCAGAACACCAACUACUGGGAGGUCGAGACGAGACCAAGGAGUUGGUGCCUGAAGAAGCUAAGAAGUUCAGGUCAGCUCUGGGAACGUUGCUAUAUGUUGCCCAAGACCGAUGGGAUCUUCAACACAGUGUGAAGUGUUUGGCUUCCUACAUGGCCAAACCUACGGAGAUGGCAGUGAAGUGCUUGCGGCAGACGUUGUUGUACGUUAGAGGAACUGAGAGCCUCUGUUUUCUCCUUAGGUAUAGCGGCAAGAGAGCAACGAUGAUGGAUGUUUUGUACCGACUACCUCAAGGUGAAGAGCUUGAAGCCAAGGACAAAGAAGAAGAAGAGAAAAGAAAGCAUGUGCUUGAAGUUUUUGCAGAUGCAGAUUGGGCUUCAGGAAAGGAAGCUAGGUAUUCAACAAGUGCAAGCAUCAUAUGCGCUGAUGGAGUACCGGUCAUGAGCUACUCAAGGACACAAAAGUCUACCGCUUUGUCAAGCUGCGAGUCGGAAGUUUUGGCGACCAGUGGAGCGGCCAGUGAAGGCAUGCUACUAAGGAAGCUCUUGGCGUUCCUCACAAGAGAAGAAGUGGACAUGGAGGAAAGAGGAAGAGAAGUUCCAGUGGGAGCAGAGGAGAUGGCAGAUCAUCUGUCAUCAGCGGCUCUGAAUCAGCAGAUCAAAAGGUUGAAGCAAGUUGGAAGGACAACCAAGAACAGUCGUUUGUUGUUCACUACAUGUUUGGUUCAGAUGGUUAUGGGAUCCAGGGGACAACCUCAAGAGUUUAGCAGGGAGACUUACGUCUACGUUGAAGCAGCAAGUAUGUGGAUGUUUGUUGUCACGCUCCUGAUCCUAAUGGUUCUCUACCUGCAGUUUGUGAGCAUCUAUGAUUGGAGGAAGAAGCCAUCAACUAACGUUGUGCAGGAACCAGAGCAAGAGCCAGAUGGAGUGCAAUCUCCAUCAGAGUAUGGGACUCCAACAAUGGAAGACAAUGAGGAUGAAGAAGAAGGCGGGGGCAAUGACCAUCGAGUGGUCAACAAU